AUUUAAAGAAUGAGCUCCAAUGGAGUGUGCGCGUGGAAUCGACGUGCUCAUAUUAUGGAGCUGUGCCUUUCACCUACUCAAAUCAAUCAACCCGUUGCAUUUUUCCUCUGAUGCUCCAAUUUUUAUCAAAUCAAAGAAUUGAAAGGCAUUUACUUUUCAAUCAUUUCAGAAGCAUUAGUGGAUUGUCCCUUUAAUGACUUUUAUUUGCCAUUUUACCAUUGCACUGGACACACAUUAGCUUGAUGCCAGUGAAUUCUACUGCAACAGCUUCAGUAUAUAGAUUAAUUCAUGGACCAGAAGACGUGGCUUUGGAGGAAAAGAUCUUCGGAAAAGACAAUUGUUGCACAUGGAAAAACUCAUAUUGCAAAUGAAAGUGACAGAGAUGAGGUACAGUCACUAGCCAGUGAAAAAGAAGUGGCUCUCGAGAAUUCUAUAAAACUUCUAAACGAGAAGCUGGCCUCUGUUGUCGAUGAUUGUGCUGUUAAAGAUGAACUUGUAGCAAAACAUGUCAAAAUGACACAAGAAGCCAUUUCAGGUAAGGAAGAAGCAGAGGAAGGAGUAAGGAGCCUGAAAAAAGAAGUCGACGAAGCUUUGCAGCAGAGAAUGGUUGCGAACGAAAGGUUAGGUCACCUAAAUUCUGCAUUGAAGGACUGCAUGGAGCAAUUAAAUUUAGUCAGGGAGGAACAAGAGCAAAGAGUGCAUGAUGCUGUGAUGAAAACAUCGAAGGAAUUGGAAAAGGAUCAUAAAAUUUUGGAGGAAAAACUAACAGAAACAAGUAAAAAGCUUGCAGACUUGACUGUUGAGCAUUCAUAUCUUAGCAAGACCCUACUAGUAAAAGAAAAAUUGAUCGAAGAGAUAAAUAAAUGCAAAUCUCAAACAGAGGCAGAAUUUAAUGCACUAAUGACAAGAUUAGACUCCACAGAAAAGGAAAAUGCUUUUCUAAGGUAUGAGUUUCGGAUGCUUGAGAAAGAACUUCACCUCCGAAAUGAGGAGCUAGAAUAUGGUCGUCGAUCUGCAGAAGCUGCACAUAAACAACACUUGGAGAAUAUAAGGAAAAUAAAGAAAUUGGAAGCAGAGUGCCACAGAUUACGAGCCAUAAUGCGCAGGAAGCUGCCGGAUCCUGCUGUCUUGUCAAAUAUGAAGAAUGAAAUAGAAAUGAAGGGAAGAAACCUGGUGGAGAAGGGGAGGAGAAAAUUGAAUUUGAAUAGAGGAGGUUUAGUUGUGAAAGACUCGGGGGCAGAAUAUAGUCCAAACAUCCCAAGUAUAAAGCUAAAUGACUUAAUGGAGCGUUUGCAUGAUUUGGCAAAAGAAAAUAAUAUUCUCAAAGAGGUUCUAGCAAAGAAGGAGGAUGAUUUUGCAUUAAUUUCAGAAGUGGGGUACGUCAAACAUAGGGAAACUCAAACUGCAACUGAGUGCAAAACGAUUGGAGCUCAUGAAAUCAGCCUAAUGGACGAUUUUGUUGAAAUGGAGAAAUUAGCAAUAGUUUCAAUCGAUGCCCCAGUGGCGAGUUCUUUUGCUUCUUCUGAAGCGAGUUACACACUAUCAGAUUCCAUAGAGGAUAUGUGUCAGAAUAAUGUGAUUUCAACAACCGGGGAACUUGUUCCAGUGGAUCAAAAUGAGUUCAGUGAUUUAGACCACAAACUUCAAACAAGAAACCCAUCCUUUAGAAAUCCCAGCAACUGGCUUCAGAAAGUUGUGAAAGUAAUCUCAGAAGAAACCCAUGUUUCAGGAAGAGGUCUGAAUGAACUUUUUGAAGACAUUAGAAUGGCUAUGCACAGCAUGAAUCACCAGUCAAGCCCCAUUAAUGCUGAACGGUCUAAAUUGCUUCCUGUUAGUGGCUACCUCACUUGGAAAUCUGCCACAUCGCCAAGAACAGAUUCAGAACAAGAAACCAUGGGAACCUUGGUGGAAGAAACGACCUCUGAAUUUAACCAAUCUGAUCUCAACAGAUCUAUGCGGGAAAUUAUGGAGCUAAUUUCGCUGUUUCAUCCACCAUGUGCAGAUGACUCUAAUAUGCCUUGCAACUUGUUGGUCACAGAUUGCAAUGCUUUAACAUGCAAGCGGUCUUCAACAGCAGCUGACUACAUUAUUCACGUUUUCCGAUGGAAGAGUUAUGAACUUAAUGCUGUUCUACGGCAAUUCUUUUGUGCAUGUAGUUAUUUAUUGGAUGGGAAGAAUGAUUUUGAGAAGUUCAUCACGACAUUGACUUCUACUCUGGGAUGGAUCAGCCAAAACUGUAUACCUUUUCACGAUAAUUUUACUAUCAGAGAUGAAUUCAAGAGGCACCUAGGUGGGGAUGGACCAGGAACUGCCCUGGCACUUGAAUCUGUGCAAAAUCUUAUGCUUGAAAUGGAGAAGAUCCAUUCUAUUCUCCAAGUAGAAAAUAAAGGAUUGAUAAAUGAGUUGGAUUUCAUGAAAUCCUCGGUAAAGGAUAUGGAGGUCAGACUGCAGUCGGAGAGGGAGAUGAAUGGAAACUUGACGCGUGAACUUGAGCAAUCAAAACAAAGCAUUGUAAAUCUACAAACUGAGUUGGAAGCUUUGCAAGAAUCAAAAAGAAUAAUUGAGGAUCAGAUUGAGAAUCAGAAACUGAUAAAUGAAGAUCUUGAUACCCAACUCACUGUUGCCAAAGGUAAAAUAAAUGUAGUUCUCCAGAAAUUAUCUUCUGUUGAAGUAGAAUUGGAUGAUAAAAGCCAUUGCUGUGAAGAACUGGAGGCGACUUGCCUUGAGCUUCAACUGCAACUUGAAAGCAUUACCUGCAAGCAGUAUCCACGCAACACCGAAAAUCGAGAAGAGAAUCUGCACGAAUCUGUAAGUCCUGCUCAGAAUUGAAGGAGC